CUGAUCAAAAAACCAAAGUGCCAGAACCUACUAAGACCAGUUCAAGCCAGCCCCAACCUGCUGGUAUCAGUACCAGUACUUCCACCAGCACUAUCACCAAUAGCAGCAAUGGCAAACGUGCAUCUGCCAAUGGCCAGCAGCCAGCUGCAUCCCGUUACCUGCCUCGUGAGGUGCCUCCACGUUUCCGCCAGCAAGAACAGAAGCAGCUAUUAAAAAGAGGUCAGCCAUUACCUCCUGGGACUCUUACCAGUGUAAGCCCAACACAAGGUACUGGACAAGCAGGGGCAAGUUCUCCUCCUCUAACAGGGGCAGGUGGACAGCAUCAUCCAAGUAAACUCCAAUCAGAUCUCAGUCACAGUGGAUUGGUAGACCAUUAUGAAAAUUCCCACUGGGGACAGCAGCCUACUUUUAGAAGUGAAGCCAACUGCACCUGGGAUAAAGUGAUAAUAGAUAGGACUGACAAGGAGGCGUGGCCUUCCAUUACACUAACUGAGACCGAAUCUGCUUCAGAAUGUACUACAGACAUUGACUCUGCCUCCAGCUGUGGCCCAGAGAACAGUAGCAUGGCUACAGGGAGUGCCCACGGCAACUUCACUGGACAUACAAAGAAAAAUAAUGGCAAUAACGGCGCAAAUGGAGCACUCGUCCAAAGCACUUGUAAUCAGAGCGCCCUUGGAGCGGGCGGAGCAAACGGCAAUGGAAACUCAUCCAGAGUGUGGGGUGUGACCACAGGCUCCAGCUCUAAUCUCGCUCACUGCUCCAUCAGCAGUGGGGAUGGAAAAAUGGACAACAUGAUUGGAGAUGGUAGAAGUCAGAACUGCUGGGCUACUUCCAACUCAAACGCUGGCAUUAAUCUGAACCUUAAUCCUAAUGCCAACCCAGCCGCCUGGCCUGUACUUGGACAUGAAGGAACUGUGGCAACAGGCAACCCUUCCAGUAUUUGCAGUCCGGUCGGUGCCAUAGGUCAAAAUAUGGGCAACCAGAAUGGGAACCCAACAGGCACUUUAGGUGCUUGGGGAAACUUGCUGCCUCAAGAGAGCACAGAACCACAAACGUCCACUUCUCAGAAUGUGUCUUUCAGCGUACAACCUCAGAACCUUAACACUGAUGGACCAAAUAACACUAACCCUAUGAACUCUUCACCAAACUCUAUCAAUGCAAUGCAGACGAAUGGACUGCCGAAUUGGGGGAUGGCUGUUGGUAUAGGGGCCAUCAUCCCACCCCAUCUGCAAGGCCUUCCUGGUGCUAAUGGAUCAUCAGUUUCUCAAGUCAGUGGGGGCAGUGGUGAAGGAAUUAGCAGUUCAGUGUGGGGGAUGUCCCCAGGUAGUCCUGCCACAGGAAAUAAUAAUUCUGGGUUCGGUCAGGGGAAUGGAGACACUGUGAACUCAGCAUUAAGUGCUAAACAAAAUGGAUCCAGCAGAAUAGAUCCAGCUGUGCAGAAGGAAGGGAAUGGAGCAAAUGCAUGGGAUUCAGGGCCUCCUGCUGGUCCUGGAGUUCUCGCCUGGGGAAGGGGCAAUGGCAGCAAUGGUGUUGGUAAUAUGCAUUCUGGAGCUUGGGGCCACCCCAGCCGUAGCACCUCAAGUGGUGUGAAUGGGGAAUGGGGAAAGCCCCCAAACCAGCAUUCCAAUAAUGACAUCAAUGGGAAAGGAACGAUGGGGUGGGAUAACCCUAGUGUUACCAACCAGAAUCCUGCCAUACAACAGGGCAAUGAACAACUAAACUCUUGGGCCAAAGCUGGCACUUCUGGCACUGCAACAAGUGAAGGAAGUAAUGACAGUUCUGGAAGUCAAAAUGAAGGAAGCACUGGGAGGGAAGGAGCUGGAGAGAGCCGACGGAGAGAUAAAGGAAUUAUAGACCAAGGGCAAGUCCAGUUGCCAAGGAAUGAUCUUGACCCAAGAGUACUGUCCAAUACCGGUUGGGGACAGACUCCUGUAAAGCAAAACACUGCCUGGGAAUUUGAGGAAUCCCCUAGGUCUGAGCGAAAAAAUGACAAUGGGACGGAGGCCUGGGGUUGUGCAACUACUCAGCCUUCAAACUCAGGGGGGAAGAAUGAUGGGUCCAUCAUGAACAGUACAAAUACCUCUUCAGUAUCUGGGUGGGGCAACUCACCCUCUGCUGCUGUUCCAGCAAAUACAGGUUGGGGAGACAACAACAACAAGGCACCAAAUGGCCUCGGGGGUUGGGGGGACUCAAUAAGCUCUACUGCUGUCAAUAAUGCUGCUGCCAAAAGUGGCCAUGCUUGGAGUGGGACUGUAAAUCAGGGGGACAAAUCACCUACCUGGGGUGAACCUCAGAAACCCAAAUCUCAAAACUGGGGAGAUGGACAAAAGUCCAAUCCAGGCUGGACUUCAGGGGGGGGAGAUUGGACAGAUUCGUCGUCUGUCCUUGGAAAUUUGAAUGAUGGAAAAAAGAGUGGAUCAGGAUGGGAUACUGACAAUAAUCGAUCAGGUUCUAGUUGGAACGAUACAAGAUCUGGGACCAGUGGAUGGGGUAGUGGCACAAAUGCUAAAGUUAAUCCAGGUACAAAUUGGGGGGAGUCUUUAAAGCCUGGUCCCCAGCAAAACUGGUCUAAUAAACCCCAAGACAACAAUGUGAGUAACUGGGGAGGAGCUGCUUCUGUUAAACAGACUGGAUCAGGAUGGGUUGGUGGGCCAGUGCCAGCCAAACAGAAGGACAUUAGCGAGGCUACGGGUUGGGAAGAACCUUCUCCUCCCUCCAUUCGACGUAAGAUGGAAAUCGAUGAUGGUACCUCAGCUUGGGGUGACCCAAGCAAUUACAACAAUAAAACUGUAAACAUGUGGGAUAGAAACAAUCCUGUAAUCCAGAGCAGUACCACAACCAAUACCACUACCACCACCACCACCACCAAUAGCAACACAAACAUGGUUGAAAGUCUACCAUCACACCAGUCAAGCACUCAGCUCAAUCGAUCUCCGCUGCUUGGUCCAGUUUCAACAGGCUGGGGAGACAUGCCUAAUGUUCAUUCAAAGACUGAAGCUUCUUGGGGAGAGUCAUCAUCUCCUGCUGCUACAGUUGAUAAUGGCACAGCAGCUUGGGGAAAGCCACCCAGCAGUGGUGCAGGAUGGGGAGAUAAUUCUGAGCCAUCAGGGACAUUUGGAAGAACAAGUGCCCCAGCUGCUGCCCCAGCCCUGUGCAAACAAGCUUCAAAAUCUAUGCAAGAAGGCUGGGGCAGUGGUGGGGAUGAAAUGAACCUCACUACCAAUCAGUGGGAAGAUGAAGAAGGAGAUAUGUGGAAUAAUGCUGCUUCACAAGAAAGCAACUCCUCCUGCAGUUCCUGGGGGAAUGCCCCAAAGAAAGGACUUCAGAAGGGCAUGAAGACAUCUAGCAAGCAAGAUGAGGCCUGGAUCAUGAACCGACUGAUUAAACAACUCACAGACAUGGGCUUUCCGAGAGAGCCAGCUGAAGAAGCUUUGAAGAGUAACAAUAUGAAUCUUGAUCAGGCCAUGAGUGCUCUGCUGGAAAAGAAGGUGGAAAUGGACAAGCGUGGAAUGGGAGUGACUGACUAUAAUGGAAUGGUCACCAAACCCCUUGGCUGCCGCCCACCAAUCUCCAAAGAGUCUUCCAUGGACCGCCCCACCUUUCUUGACAAGGAUGGCGGCCUAGUGGAAGAGCCCACUACUUCACCAUUUUUGCCUUCACCAAGCCUGAAGCUCCCCCUUUCAAACAGUGCACUCCCUAAUCAGACCCUGGGUGGGAUUGCCUCAGGGCUGGGCAUGCAAAACUUGAAUUCUUCUAGACAGAUACCGAGUGGCAAUCUGGGUAUGUUUGGCAAUAGCGGAGCAGCACAAGCCAGGACCAUGCAACAGCCGCAGCAACCGCCAGUACAACCUCUUAACUCAUCCCAGCCUAGUCUUCGUGCUCAAGUGCCUCAGUUUCUAUCCCCUCAGGUUCAAGCACAGCUUUUGCAGUUUGCAGCAAAAAACAUUGGUCUCAACCCUGCACUAUUAACCUCGCCAAUUAAUCCUCAGCAUAUGACGAUGUUGAACCAGCUCUAUCAACUGCAGCUGGCAUACCAACGUUUACAAAUCCAGCAGCAGAUGUUACAGGCCCAGCGUAAUGUUUCCGGACCGAUGAGACAACAAGAGCAGCAAGUUGCACGUACAAUCAAUAACAUGCAGCAGCAGAUCCAGCAGCACCAGCGCCAGCUGGCCCAGGCCUUGCUCAUGAAACAGCAGCAGCCUCCCCCUCCACAUCUCUCUUUGCACCCCUCUGCAGGCAAAUCAGCCAUGGAGAGCUUUUCACCCCAUCCCCAGGGUCCCGGCCUACCUGACCUGCAGACCAAAGAGCAACAGUCUUCAAUGAACACCUUUGCUCCUUACCCAAGUCUCGCUGGACUGAACCCAAACAUGAAUGUAAACAGCAUGGACAUUACUGGUGGUUUAUCAGUGAAGGACACUUCUCAGUCUCAGUCUCGCCUUCCUCAGUGGACACACCCUAAUUCAAUGGAUAAUUUAUCCAGUGCUGCUUCUCCACUUGAUCAGAACCCUAGCAAGCAUGGUGCUAUCCCUGGAGGCUUAAGCAUUGGGCCUCCGGGUAAGUCCUCCAUUGAUGACUCUUAUGGCCGGUAUGAUUUAAUCCAAAACAGUGAAUCACCAGCCAGCCCUCCUGUAGCCGUUCCUCACAGCUGGUCACGUGCCAAAUCUGAUAAUGAUAAAAUCUCAAAUGGUUCCAGCAUUAACUGGCCACCAGAAUUUCAUCCUGGAGUGCCAUGGAAAGGACUUCAGAAUAUUGACCCUGAGAAUGAUCCUGAUGUCACUCCGGGAAGCGUCCCCACUGGACCUACAAUUAAUACGACAAUACAGGAUGUUAAUCGUUACCUUCUCAAAAGUGGAGGUAAACUGUCAGACAUUAAAUCUACAUGGUCCUCCGGCCCAGUUUCUCACACACAAGCCUCUCUGUCUCAUGAACUGUGGAAGGUACCCAGAAACACUACUGCACCUACUAGACCUCCUCCAGGCUUAACAAACACCAAGCCCUCUUCUACUUGGGGUACCAGUCCACUUGGCUGGACCAGCUCUUACUCCUCUGGUUCUGCCUGGAGCACUGACAGUUCAGGAAGAACGAGCAGCUGGCUGGUCCUCCGUAACCUCACGCCCCAGAUUGAUGGUUCUACACUGAGGACUUUGUGUUUGCAACAUGGUCCUCUAAUUACAUUCCACCUGAACCUGACUCAAGGAAAUGCUGUGGUCCGGUAUAGUUCCAAGGAAGAAGCUGCCAAAGCUCAGAAGUCUCUGCAUAUGUGUGUCCUAGGAAACACUACCAUACUGGCUGAGUUUGCUGGUGAAGAGGAAGUAAACCGUUUCUUAGCACAAGGCCAACCACUGCCACCCACCUCCAGUUGGCAGUCCAACACUGGAACCAAUCAGACUCGUAUGGGCUCCACAAGCAGUUCUCAUGGAUUGGUGCGAAAUGAUGCGGGCCACUGGAACACCCCAUGCCUGGGAAGCAAAGGAAGCAGUGAUCUGCUCUGGGGUGGAGUUCCUCAGUACUCCAGCAGCCUUUGGGGCCCUCCAAGCACCGACGAUGGCAGAGUUAUUGGAAGCCCUACACCUUUAAACACUCUGCUUCCUGGUGACCUUCUCAGUGGGGAGAGUAUCUAGGAAAACAGAUCAAUGAAAUGGAAAUAACAAUCAUCAGCACUAAAGGAAAAAAAGGAUAACCCUUUCCAGUCCAGGGCUCACAAAGAAUCCAGCUUUAAUAGAUCAGACUGGCAGCCCUUUUGUAGUACCUCUGUCCAAUAUUGACUAUGAAACUCUGCCAAAGUCCUUGUGAACUGUUGUGAGAACAGUAUGGGCUACCUUUGGUCAGUUUCACAUGCUAAUGACAGGUUGUUUUUUCCAUGGCUUUUUGUUUUAUGUUGUCUUAUGUUUAUAUGGUAUGUUUUGUGUUUUGUAUUUUUAUUUUUUUAAGUAUAAAAGCUGCUUAGAAUAGUUCUAUCAUGAAGGGCACUUUUCAGAUUGUGGGCUGGAAA